AUGAGGUGUGGUCGAGCGGGAGCCGGUUAUCGUCGUGGUCCGGGACGACCACGGAAACAACCCAUUGAGGCCGAGGAACCAGAACCAGUGACUCAGGAGGCGGAUUCUUCUAGGGAUCCAACGGAUGUUGAGAUGGCUAGUCGGGGACAGACCCAUCAGACUCCUAGAGAUCACGGACGCCAGCCUCAGGAGAUCCCUUCAGUCAUACCAUCUGGUAGGAAUCGGGAAUUUCAGCCUCAGGGUAUUCCCUCCGGGAUACCAUCAGCAUUUCCUACUCCUGCUACUACUGAUUGGAUGAGGGACAGAGCUCGGAUACCGUUGCUGGCGAGGUCCGUCAAGGACAGAUUUACCUUAUAUUUGGGCGGAGCAGAUCCUUGGGCUGCUCGAAGUUGGUUGAAGAAUGUAGAGAGCACCUUUGAGUACUUGAGUUGCACAGAUGAGGAGAAAGUGGAACUGGCAGCGUAUCAUCUCCGAGAUCAAGCAGUCACAUGGUGGGACAUGCAGAAGACGAUCUUUGGAGAGCAGCGCAUCACAUGGGCGAUGUUCCGAGACGCGUUUGAGCGGCAAUAUUUCCCAGCGACCUUCUGUCUAGCUCGACGCCAGGAAUUUCUGAAUCUCAAGCAGGGCGACCGGUCAGUGAUGGAGUACAAUGCUGAAUUCUGUAGGUUGGCAGAAUUUUGUCCUCACUUAGUGGCACAAGAUUAUGAUCGUAUGCAGCAGUUCACUCAGGGUCUUGCAGCAUACAUUCGGAUUCAGAUGUCAGGAUUUCCAGGGGAAUCAUCCUCUCAGUCACGUUCACAGAGGAGAUCGCAGAAGACCCAUAGUGCCCCACGUCAGCAACGACCACAGCCUUCUCAGGGACAGAUAUACCAUGUGCAGGGUCAGGAGCCAGCGACUACACAGUAUUCUACCGCAGCGUUUUCUCAUCAGGCAUUUCCAGCACUGCAGGAUUUUCAUCCACAUCAGCCUUACUCAGCAUAUCAGCAGCAGCCUCAGUCUCAGUAUCAGCAGCCGGUUCCCACACCUAAGAUGCCAGCGCAGGCCACUUCAGGGAUACCACAGCCGAGCUCAGAGGUGGGUCGUGUUUAUGCUGUUACACGGGAGGAGGCACAGCGAGCUGAGGGAUCGGUUUUCCAAGGUACUAUUUCGGUUUAUACAUUUACUGCAGAUUUAUUGAUAGAUACUGGUAGUUCCCAUUCAUUCAUAUCUCGAGUAUUUCUGGGUAAAAUCGGGAGAUUGCCUAGUCGUCGGACACACGGGCUGACAGUAUCUCUACCAUCUGGCGAGGUACUAAGUAUUAGUCUGGAAGUUAAAGGAUGUCCUUUAGACUUCAAUGGUCAGACUAUUAUGGUGGAUCUGCAGGUAUUGGAGAUGGUGGAAUUUGACAUUAUAUUGGGCAUGGAUUGGCUGGCCAUGAACCAUGCCACAGUUGACUGCAGAGCGAGAGUAGUCACCUUCAGACCUCCCGGUUUACCAUCUUGGUCAUUCAUCGGAACCGGGGGUGAUGGGAUAUCAGUCAUAUCAGCAAUGCAAGCGAGAAGAUUACUGUCGCAGGGUUGUCAGGGAUAUUUGCUGUCUAUGGUUAAAGCUGAUACAGAUGCAUUACCACGACUUUCGGACGUUCCUAUUGUUCGAGAAUUUUCAGAUGUAUUCCCUGACGAACUCCCCGGUUUGCCUCCUAAAAGGCAAGUCGAGUUUACGAUUGAGUUGGUUCCGGGAACCGCACCGGUAUCCAAGACCCCUUAUCGCAUGGCACCAAAGGAGUUAGAGGAGCUGAAGGUUCAGUUACAGGAGCUGUUGGACAGAGGAUUUAUCCGUCCCAGAGUUUCUCCGUGGGAAGCACCAGUACUCUUCAUUAAGAAGAAAGACGGAUCACUAAGACUAUGUAUUGAUUACCGACAGUUGAAUGCGGUCACUAUCAAGAACAAAUAUCCACUGCCACGUAUAGAAGAUUUAUUUGAUCAGCUGAAGGAUACCUGUGUAUAUUCAAAGAUUGAUUUGCGCUCAGGCUAUCAUCAGCUCAGGGUUGGAGAUGCGGAUAUUCCGAAGACAGCAUUUCGCACUCGUUAUGGUCAUUACGAGUUCAUGUUCGUCAUUGUGUUCAUCGACGAUAUUCUGAUAUAUUCCCGAUCUGAGGAGGAGCACAGGCGACAUCUUCGCAUAGUUUUGGAGACGCUUCGGCGAGAACACCUCUAUGCGAAGUUUAGUAAAUGCGCCUUUUGGCUACCUUCGGUGGGUUUUCUUGGACAUGUUGUCUCCAGCAGGGGUAUAUCUGUUGAUCCACAGAAGAUUGAGGUCAUCACUGGUUGGGAGCAGCCGAAGACCGUACAGGAGAUUCGUAGCUUUUUGGGAUUAGCUGGGUAUUAUCGGAGAUUUGUUGAGGGCUUUUCCAGCAUAGCCUUACCAUUGACACGAUUAACCCGGAAGGGAGAGAAGUUUAGCUGGACGGAAUCUUGUGAGCAGAGCUUCCAGGAGCUCAAGCGGAGGCUUGUUACUGCACCAGUGUUAGUACUUCCCUCUGGCAUGGAUGGAUUUGUACUUUUCACGGAUGCAUCUUAUCAGGGAUUGGGUGCCGUACUUAUGCAGCGCGAUCGUGUGGUGUCAUAUGCCUCACGUCAGCUGAAGGAUCAUGAGAGGAACUAUCCAGUUCAUGAUUUGGAGUUGGCAGCUAUCAUCUUCGCACUGAAGAUUUGGCGACAUCAUUUAUAUGGGAUCACCUUUGAGAUUUAUACAGAUCAUAAAACCAACGUGGUGGCUGAUGCUUUGAGCAGGAAAUCCCGUGGAGUUUUGGCUUGUCACCGAGUGAUGGUUACAGAGUUGAUACAGAACUUCUCUGAGUUGGGGUUGAUGGAGCAAGCACAGACAGAGCGAGGCUUGCUAGUCACCAUGGUUGCUCAGUCACCUAUAGUGGAGAGUAUCAAAGAGGCUCAGGCUACAGAUCAGCAUCUGCAGUUUUUACGUAGCAGAGUUACCUCAGGACAGCAGACAGAGUUUGCUUGUGAUGAUAGUGGAAUUCUGUAUUUCCGCGGCAGAUUAUGUGUCCCUGAGUCACAUCCUGUCCAGGAGGACUUACUACAGGAAGCACAUCGAUCUAGAUUUGCGAUUCAUCCAGGAGGUACUCGCAUGUACAGGGAUCUGAAACGAUCAUACUGGUGGAAUGGUAUGAAGAAGGAUAUUGAUGUAUUUGUGGCGCAGUGUUUAGUUUGUCAGCAAAUCAAGGCAGAACAUCAGAAACCAGCUGGAUGGCACCAUUCGAGGCAUUAUAUGGCAGAGCAUGUUGAUCUCCUACUUUAUGGGACGAGGUUGGAGAAUCGUCAGUCUUGGGACCUCAGCGUAUUCAGCGAGAUGCAGAGUUGGUUGGCACCAUCAGACGCAGAAUGA